UCGUUUGCCAAUUUUCAUAAAAAAUUUCUUGCUCAGACGCUAUUUUCGUGUUAAGCUUGGAUCCAACUUUUCUGACCUAUAUAUUCAGGCUGAGGGUGUUCCCCAGGGCAGUGCUAAGUGUCAUAUUGUUCAUCGUUCAUAUUUCACUAGUUUUAAACGUACUGCAACCUGCUGUCUUUGGCUCUCUAUAUGUUGAUGAUCUACAAAUCUCGUGUUCAGAAUCCGACAUGAGAGUCAUCGAGCAACAACUUCAGUUAGCAGUGAAUAAAAUUUUAGACUGGUGUGAUCAUAAUGGCCAUACCCUUUCACCUUCUAAAAGUUCAAGCAUUCAUUUAUGUCGGAAACGCGCACUUCAUAAUGAUCCUGUCAUUUUCAUUCAUAACAUUGCUAUACCAGUUGUACCACAUGCAAAAUUUUUAGGAGUCACUUUUGAUAGCAAGUUAACUUUUAUCCCUCAUAUCAAACAGUUACGAAAGCGAUGCGAGCAAAAACUGAAUAUGUUGCGUGUUCUCUCAAAUACGUACUGGGGAGCGGACCGCCUAGCACUUUUACGCAUUUAUCGGGCCCUGAUACUUUCACGGCUUGAUUAUGCAUGCGUUGUUUAUGGUACUGCAACCACCUCUAACUUACGAAUCUUGGACACAGUACAUCAUACUGCUUUACGCAUAUGUUCCGGAGCAUUUCGUACUUCCCCGGUUGAAAGCUUAUAUGUUGUUUGUCACCAGAUACCAUUAUAUCUACGUCGCAUCCAGCUGUCUCUUACAUAUUACUUUAGUAUCAUGUCCUCUAAAUCGCAUCCUUUAAAGCAUGAUGUUAUUUCAUCAAGCUUGGAGCGACUGUAUAUUGCUAGACCAUCACACAUUCCCCCACUUCAUGCUCGCACACGCUCACUUAUCCAAUCAUUCGAUAUUUGUGAAUUACCAUCACAAUCAGUGGAUCACUUUCUCAUACCACCAUGGACCAUUUCACCAUACCAAUCUAUUUCCCUUUUCAAGUUACACGAUAAAGCCAACGUUACACCCUGCAUUUUUCAUACACUUUUCACUGCACAUCGUCACCAAUAUUCUCACAAUAUAUACCGAUUUAUACAGACGAAGAAUGGCUUUGAGAGUCUAUUUUGCUGGGUACCAAGUCAUGCUGGUAUUCCAGGGAACGAACUAGCUGACACAGCUGCACGAUCUGCCACAUCUGUCUUGAAAGUGUCCAUACCUUUUUCUGACAUGAAGCUACAUACUCGAAAGUUGGUAACAUCAUUAUGGCAACAGCAAUGGGACCUGAAAGUUCUCAAUAAAUUGCAAAGCAUUAAAUUCGAUUUCGAUAAUUUGCCAGUGCUGCGCUUGUGUAGUGCUGAUGUAAAGCUAACCAGACUCCGAAUCGGCCACACCCGGUUAACACACCUCCAUCUACUGUUUGGAGAGCUUCCCCCCGAAUGCAGUACCUGUUACGUUCCUCUCACAGUUCAUCAUAUUUUAAUAAGGUGUCCAUGUUUUAAUCAACUUCGCUUAAAGCUUUUUGGGAGUACUAUUUUAUGCUUGCAAGAUUUGUUAGAUGAUACUCACCAUCCUAACAUUUUUGCAUUUUUACGUGCCGUAGGUAUUUUUAACAGCAUAUAA